GUGCAGUUUGGCCCCAUGAGAUUUCAUCCAGAUCAACUCCAGGUACUUUUAGUGUUUACCAAAGAAGAUAACCAGUGUAAUGGAUUCUGCAGGGCGUGUGAAAAAGCAGGGUUUAAGUGCACAGUUACCAAGGAGGCCCAGGCUGUCCUUGCCUGUUUCCUGGACAAGCAUCACGACAUCAUCAUCAUAGACCACAGAAACCCCCGACAGCUGGACGCGGAGGCCCUGUGCAGGUCUAUCAGGUCAUCAAAACUCUCCGAAAACACAAUUAUCAUUGGUGUCGUACGCAGGACGGAUAGAGAAGAGUCCUCUGUGAUGCCCCUCAUUGCUGCUGGCUUUACAAGGAGGUAUGUGGAAAACCCCAGCCUCAUGGCCUGUUACAACGAACUGCUCCAGCUGGAGUUCGGAGAGGUGCGGUCCCAGCUGAAACUCAGGGCUUGUAACUCAAUAUUCACUGCACUGGAGAAAAGUCAAGAAGCAGUUGAAAUUACAAGUGAAGACCGCGUUAUACAGUAUGCAAAUCCUGCGUUUGAAACAACCAUGGGCUAUCAAGCAGGCGAACUAAUAGGCAAGGAGUUAGCGGAAGUGCCUGUAAAUGAAAAAAAGGCUGAGUUGCUCGAUACCAUAAAUUCAUGCAUCAGGAUAGGCAAGGAGUGGCAAGGAAUUUACCAUGCCAAAAAGAAAAAUGGAGACAAUGUACAACAGAACGUGAAGAUAGUACCUGUCGUCGGACAGGGAGGAAAAAUUAGACACUAUGUGUCCAUUAUCAGAGUGUGCAAUGGCAACAAUAAGGCCGAGAAAAGAACUGAAAGUGUUCAGUCUGACCCUCACACAGAUAAUCAGUCAGGCAAACACAAAGACAGAAGGAAAAGCUCGCUCGAUGUCAGAGCUGUUGCCUCUCGAGCAAGUGAAGUCAGCAGCCAGAGACGGCACUCCUCCAUGGCCCGGAUACAUUCCAUGACGAUCGAGGCGCCCAUCACCAAGGUAAUCAACAUUAUCAACGCCGCCCAGGAAAGCAGCCCCAUGCCUGUGACAGAAGCCUUAGACCGUGUGCUGGAGAUUCUGAGAACCACUGAAUUGUAUUCGCCACAGUUCGGUGCUAAGGACGAUGAUCCUCAUGCCAAUGACCUUGUUGGAGGCUUAAUGUCUGAUGGUUUGCGAAGACUAUCCGGGAAUGAAUAUGUUCUUUCAACAAAAAGCCUGCAGCAGGUGCCCGGCAGUGUUGUCACCCCCAUCUCCCUUCACGACGUCCCUCCCCGGAUAGCUCGGGCUAUGGAAAAUGAAGAGUACUGGGACUUUGAUAUUUUUGAACUGGAGGCCGCCACACAUAAAAGGCCUUUGAUCUAUCUUGGUCUCAAAAUGUUUGCGCGCUUUGGAAUCUGUGAAUUCUUGAACUGCUCUGAGGCGACGCUGAGAUCGUGGCUGCAAAUUAUUGAAGCCAAUUACCAUUCUUGUAACCCCUACCACAAUUCCACACACUCUGCCGACGUGCUUCAUGCCACUGCCUAUUUCCUCUGCAAAGAGAGGAUAAAGCAAACGUUAGAUCCGGUUGACGAGGUCGCCGCCCUCAUUGCAGCCACCAUCCACGACGUGGACCACCCCGGGAGGACCAACUCCUUCCUGUGCAAUGCCGGCAGCGAGCUGGCCAUCCUGUACAACGACACUGCCGUGCUGGAGAGCCACCACGCGGCCCUGGCCUUCCAGCUGACCACCCGCGAUGACAAAUGCAAUAUCUUCAAAAACAUGGAGAGGAAUGACUAUCGGACGCUGCGCCAGGGUAUUAUCGAUAUGGUCUUGGCCACGGAAAUGACAAAACACUUCGAGCACGUCAACAAAUUUGUCAACAGCAUCAACAAGCCCCUGGCGGCACUAGAAGAAAACGAGGAAACGAAUAAAGACGAAGAAGCCAUAAACACUAUGCUCCGGACUCCAGAGAACCGGACUCUGAUUAAACGGAUGCUCAUCAAGUGUGCGGACGUGUCCAAUCCCUGCCGACCGCUGGAGCAGUGCAUCGAGUGGGCCGCACGCAUAUCAGAAGAAUAUUUUUCUCAGACGGAUGAGGAGAAGCAGCAGGACUUGCCCGUGGUGAUGCCGGUUUUUGACAGAAACACCUGCAGCAUCCCCAAAUCCCAGAUCUCUUUCAUUGACUACUUCAUCACGGACAUGUUUGAUGCCUGGGACGCCUUUGUCGACCUGCCUGAGCUAAUGCAGCAUCUUGACAACAACUUCAAAUACUGGAAAGGACUGGACGAGAUGCAGCUGCGGAGCCUCCGGCCGCCCCCUGAAUAG